AUGCAUGAGACAAACCGUGCGGCCCUUGCUCAUGGACACAAUGAGCUCGAUGAACCUAUGGAAGUGCUUUUAAAUACUGCUGAUCCGACCCCAGCUUCACCACUUAACCACGAUUCCUCGGAUGAUGGAGACCACCAGGUCUCUGAAAUCACCCCAAUUGGUGCCAAUCAAACAGGUCGACACAGAGAGCCACCGUUAACCGAAGCUGAACUAGCCCUUGAUGCAUCUACCCCACCACUCGAGGAGCCCACCAACAUCAUGCUUGCAGCUACCCAAACUCCUGUGGUUUUAGCAGCAUCUACCUCGGCUUUGGCUGCAAAUCCUGCCGCUGCACCAGUUACUCCUGCGGUACAACCAGUUACCCCUGCGCAUGGUUUACCCACGACUCAGAAGGCUCCCGCUAAAUCAACCACUGGUCGCCCUCCGGUGGAAUCUGGAGUACCUCCUCGUCGUCGAGGCCGGACCGAGGAAGCACCCAAGAAAGAGGAUCCUGCGGCAGCAGGCAUGUUGCUGCUCAUGCACAAAGGUCAGUAA